AUGGGAGAAUAAAUUUCCAAAGAUGCUUGCAAUUGCACUGAUUCACCUUAACAUUUAAAUACUAACAAUUAUGAUAAUUCCAUAAAUCAUUAAUAAACCAUUUCUCACUUUGAUGCUAUCAAUACUAAUGCAAAUGAUUAAUUAACAGAAAAAAAGCAUCCAUAAUCACAUUAGAUAGAUCUUUAAUAAACAAAUAAAAUAUCCUCAUUCUCACAUAUGGAUUAAUAAGGAAAAGUGCCCAUCUUAGUCCUAAGAGUAAUAGCAUCUGCAACUUUGGAAGAAAAUCAAAUUUUCGAGUUCUAACCAAAUUCUUAAUAAAAUGUUAUUUAUUUUGGUUGUAAAUACAAAAACAAAAAAGGGGGAUAUUAAAUUAAUCAUUUUAAAAUCCCAUCCGUUGAUAAUAAAUUGAAUAAAAAAAAUAGGGGGUAGCAUUUUUAUAUUAAAUAUGAUCAUAAAUCAGAAAGUUUUAAAAUCAAAGAUUUAGGAAUAGGAUUUGGAUGCUUUUUUAAAACUAAUGAAAUUAAAUUGUAAAAUAAUACCCUAAUAACAUUGGGAUAAAUGUAUUUUACAACAUAAAUAUGUUAUGGGUAAGAUUUAAUUAAAUUGCCAUCUUUUAAUAAUUUAUAGGAUGUAAAGGAAUUUAUUAUCAGUGGAUACCCUUGCGAUCGAUAAUGUUUUUUAUCUAUAGAAAGAGAUUAAUGGUACCUUAGAAUUCAAAUCUAUGGUGGAACGGCAAAAGAUGAUGUUUACAUUUUAGGAUCUAAAAAUUAUUUGCCUGUGACUAUAGGAAGAAAUAUAGAUUGUUUGAUUAGGUAUUAUGAUGAUGUUCUGUUAUCUAAAUAUCAAUGUACGAUUCUUUUUGAUGGGCAAUGGAAAAUUAUUGAUGGAAUUUAAGGAAAAUCGUCAACAAAUGGAACGUGGCUUUAUUUAAAAGAUGAAUAGACACUGACAGAAAAUAUGAUGUUGAAAACAAAUAAUACCAUANUUUAUAUCCAGAAGAAGCUCUGGAGAAAUUAAAAAAUUUAUCAUCCAAUCAAAGAAAAAAAAUAGAACUAAUUGCUUGUUCUGAGGAAGAAUCUCCAAAGGUAUUGUAAAAAGUUGUUAAUUCCUGUUAAUAAUACAUUGCUUCUGCUAAAAUACAAUCUUCAAUGUAACCUUAAUAGAUUGCUUAAGUUUGGAUCGAAGAAAUUAACCAAGCAACCCAUUAAAUAAAAAAUUGUUGAUCAAUUUUUAAUAAAUGAAAACUUAUUGAAAUAAAUUUUUUAUAAAUUUUUAUUUAAAGUUGUAAUUAUUUAGAUACUGUACACAUUUAUUGAAAAAUAUGUAAAUGAAAAUAUUAAUAUAAUUGAAGUUACAUCAAUAGAAAAGAAUUAAGCAAAUGUUUCUAUCCACUUAAAGAUUUCUUUAAUUUUAAUUAAUAAUAGUAAAAAAAUCAAGGUAAAGGAUUCAAAACAAAAUAUUUCAAAAAAUAUCCAUAAAAUAAAGCAUUUCUUUUUUAAGCCUUUAAUUGGGUCAAAUUAUUUAAACUGA